UGCUUAUAAGGAGGAAGCUUCAGACAGUACCAGCCACUUCCAGGCUCCUGGUGCAGCAGGUAGAGAUCAUAGUGGGUUACAAGGUCUGGGAGAGCUACGAGUACUUGGACUGUGACUCCUUCUCCAGGGAGCCAUCAGAAUGAAUCUCCACCUGCUAACCUGCCUUCUGGUGGCACUGACCCAUGCUGUCAGCAGUCAAGGCACCUAUGAAGACUGCUGUUUGAGAUAUACUAAACACAGGAAACCUGCCCUCUUACGGCAUAUCAGGCAAUACAGGAUUCAAGAGGUGAAUGGGAGCUGCAAUCUUCGAGCGGUCAUCUUUGAGUUUCGGAGGAAGAGCAACAUCAUUUGUGGCAACCCUGAUGAGAAAUGGGUUAAGGAUAAGAUCAGGGAGCUCCAAAUUAGAGCCCACCGGGUCUACUGGAAGCUCAGAGAGGAAAUCAAGAAGGACCGUGGAGGAAACAUCACCAAUUCAACCAGGCCCUUGGCCCAGAGUGUCCAGGCCCAUCGAGUACAUGGCGCUGGUAGGAACCAGAUGAGGCUGGAGAACCUCUCAGGAUCCACAAAGUUCGCCCCUACUCAGAAAUUUUCCAUGAUUCCCUAGAGCUUCAAGGACAAGCCUAGCAUUUAAAGCCCUCCACAAUCUGGCUUCUACUUGCCUUUCUGGACAUUUCAUAUCACUCCCCGUCAUAGUAUUUACAGUGAAACCAGCCCACUCACUGUUUCCUGAACACUAGAUUUGAGAUAGGAAGAACUGGAUUCAA